AUGCCGCGUGGCAAAGCACCCCAUGAAGCAUCAAUGGAGGGCGAUAUCCAAUGGAUCGGGAAGCUCGUCGGAGGGCUUACCAUUGAUGGUAAGACUAGCAUGAACGCAUCGUCCCACCGCAAGCAGCGUGAUUAUCCAACACUCACCCUAGCUGCCCCGAACCUACUUCGUCGCGGAUGUGAAUCAUCAUUAUGGUCGAUCCGCCAGGCCUUCUCCAGUAUCGAGAAGCAAUAUCCCACUUCAGUACGAGCCGAGUCAUCAGUUCGAGCGGAUCCUGCCAACGAUUCCAGCCUAUCCCUGUCGAGGCUUGCGUUGAUGCUAUGGCUGCGAAAUGACCCGUUGUCGCCCUUGUGGCGUCGUGAUCGCGGUCCACUACUAGCUGAAAAUGCGCCUUUCGCUACCUUGAACGGCCCCCCUCCAAUAUCCGAGUCUUUGAAUUCUGCCAACUCCGGACUGCGGUCUAUGAAGCGAUUGUCGCGACUAGCAAGAUCAUCCUUGAUCGCUUCCAAGAUCUGUCGGGCUUCUCGAAGCCUUCCCCCAAGCUCCGCCCGUCUUUCUGGACUAUUCCGGUUCUCAGUCGAAACUAGCUCUUCUUCCUACCCCUCGAUAUCGCGGUUCACCUCCUCAAGUUCCAGUGCGUCGAAAGACGUAUCGGACGACAUGUCGGUUACCGCGACGGAUUGAUGUGCAUCGGUGAUGAUGGAUCUGGGGUCCAUGUUUGAUCUGUCGCCUGGGUCGAUCUCGAUCUAUAUACACUCCUAGCUACUAGCUUGUGAGAUCUGUCAUAUAUCUGGCAUCCUCUCAUGGCCACGAUGGAGAGC